AUGCGGACCUCCCUCCUCAGCGCCUUUUGGGCGGCGACUUUUGUCCUUCGAGCUCUUUCCAAACCCAUCCUGUUUGAGCAAGGAGCUGUCAUCACGUACGAUGAAGAAACUCAGUCGGUGCAGGUGAAACGCAAUCAUUCUGUCCUUAUCGAAGACGAUAGAGUGACCGCUAUAUUCGACUCGUCCAAGGGCAAUGUCAGUAUACCUCCUGAUACCGAGGUGAUCUAUGCUGGCAACGACAUUAUCAGCCCUGGCUUCAUCGACACCCACCGUCACGUCUGGCAAACCGUCCAGAGAAGCCUUGGGGGCGACAGUUGCCUGGCUGAAUAUCUUGGGCGCUGGUCAAGCUUUUCAUUGGCUGCAAGAGCGUUCACUCCAGAUGUCAUGUACUACUCACAACUCGCUGGGUUAUGUGAGGCAUUGAACGGGGGCGUUACGUCUAUUGUAGACAACGCUUCCGGAGCAUUCACCCAGGCAGUCUCUGACGCCUCGAUUCGAGCUACUGAAGACAGUGGGAUACGUAGCUUCCACGCAUACCACAUACGAAGAGGAAUUGAGGGCUUUGCCUUUGAAGACCAGCUGGCCCAUUACCAACACCUUUCAGGCCAAUUCGACAAAAAUGGCGGUCUUGUCUCAUUGGGUCUCGCAUAUGAGACAUUCGAUACGGGGGACUCCACGGACACUGAGGUCCUGAUAAACCUGGCAAGAUCAUCAAACACCACUUUUAUACAGACUCAUUUCGUCGGUGGACCUCUGGGUUUGGAAAACAGUCCUUCACUUUUGGCGAGGCUCGACCUACUUAACAGCUCAUUCCCCGUUAUUUUCGUUCACGGCAAUUCUGUCACCGCGACUGACGCCAAUCUCCUGCGUCGCUUCAACCACUAUAUAUCCAUGGCUCCCGAGUUCGAGAUGCACCACGGCCAGGAUAACUUUAAUCCUUCGCUGGUGCAAGACCAGGCUGCUCUGAGCGUGGGUACUCACUAUUCAACUAGUGGAGAUAUCAUAACUCAGGCUAGGAUCUGGUUGCAAUCUGUUCGUCAGCAGAUCUACCAGAGAGUCCUCAGAGAUUUCCAGUUUCCGGCCAAUAACCCAAUGUCUACCAAACAAGCUUUUCACCUUGCGACUCGUGCUGGAGGGCUAGCCCUGCGUCGACCAGACCUCGGGGUCAUUCGUGUGGGCGCCAAGGCCGAUAUCGCUGUCUUUGAUGGGUCGGCACCUGGCCUACUUGGCUGGGAAGAUGCUAUCACAGCCGUCGUUCUUCACUCUAACAUCGGUCAUAUUAAGCAUGUGCUUGUCAACGGUGAAUGGAGGAAACGGGAUGGGCAACUCUAUUGCGCUCUAAACGAGACUGCUGUGCAAGCCGAGUUCCUGAAGUCUGCACAAGCUGUGCGGUCUUUUUGGUCAAGUGUGGAAGAGCCCAUGUUUGAAGGAGAGGCACCCGGGACGGGGGCGUUGUAUCGCCAGAUUGAGAAGGUCGAUGUUGUUCGAGGUUCUUUGGAUGGAUAUUAA